CUUUGUGGCUGGCAGCAGAAACUGCAGCAGUAUCUUUGCAGUUUCCUUUCAUCUUUGAUUAUGUUUUAAGGAUCUCUGAGUAUAGAAGCUCUUUGUGUGACCCUUUGGAAUAUCUUUUCACCUCUGUGGUGGAGUACAGCGCAUGCUGAAAGCCUCCUGUCUUCUACAGCUGAGGUAUCCUUUGCUUUUCAUCAGCCCUCUGAUUUUUGUCUUCUGCGGCUGGAUUUUUGGCAGUAUUGGGCUUAAGCAAAUAGGAUUACAUUUCAGUAGCUGAUGGUUUCUAGUCAAGGAACAUACUAAAUGUCGGACAUGAUGAGGAUUGUACAAAGAAAUAUUUCUGCAAAGCACAGGAAAAUUACUCGAGUCGAGCGAAGGAAGAAGACAUUCUGCAAAUGUAAUCAGGGCUGCUAGAAAUGCAAAAUUCAACAGCUUUGGAAUGGGUUGCACUACAAGUGUGGUUCUGUUUAAAGGCAUUCGUACAGUUUUUGAGAGAAACUGUGGUUAUAUUUGCAAACAGCAAGGGGAAAACAAUGCCCUUGAAUACACAGCAUUCAGCUUGCCAGAUGAAGAUUCAGGAAUACUGAUUCACUCAUCCCUGGCAAAACCAAAGCUCAUAGAACCGAUAGACUAUGAAAAUGUCAUUGUUCAGAGGAAAACACAGAUUUUGAAUGAUCCUUUACGUGAGAUGCUACUGUUCCCUUAUGAUGACUUUCAGACAGCGUUAUUGCAGCGGCAGAGUCGAUACAUUCAUUCAACAGUUCCUGAAAAUGCAGAGAAGGAAGCUCAAAGCUUGUUUGUAACUGAGUGCAUCAAAACCUACAAUUCAGACUGGCAUGUUGUUAACUAUAGAUAUGAAGAUUACUCAGGAGAGUUUCGACAGCUUCCAAAUAAAGGGACAAAAUCAGAGAAGCUUCCUGUUCAUUUAUAUGAAGUGGAUGAAGAAGCAGAUAAAGAUGAGGAUGCAGCAUCUCUUGGGUCUCAAAAGGGUGGAAUAACAAAACAAGGAUGGCUGCACAAAGGCAACAUGAAUAGUGCAAUCAGUGUGACAAUGAGAUCAUUUAAAAGAAGAUUUUUCCACUUAAUCCAACUUGGUGAUGGAUCCUAUAAUCUCAAUUUCUACAAAGAUGAAAAAAUAUCAAAAGAACCAAAAGGAUCAAUAUUUCUAGAUUCGUGCAUGGGAGUAGUUCAGAAUAAUAAGGUCAGACGUUUUGCAUUUGAGCUCAAGAUGCAAGACAAGAGUAGUUAUCUUCUAGCUGCUGACAGUGAACUUGAAAUGGAAGAGUGGAUAAACACUCUGAACAAAAUCCUUCAGCUUAACUUCGAGGCUGCAAUGCAAGAAAAAAGAAAUGGAGAGUCUCAUGAAGAUGAUGAACAAAGCAGACUGGAAAGCUCAUCAAGUAGUUUUGAUAACUACUAUCCUGAAAUUGCCAAGAGUACCAGAGAAGCAGAAAUCAAGCUGAAAAGUGAAAGCAGAGUUAAGCUUUUUGCCUUGGAUCCAGAUGCACAGAAACUAGACUUUUCUAGUAUUGAACCAGAAGUGAAACCAUUUGAAGAGAAAUUUGGAAAAAAAAUUCUUGUGAGGUGUAACGAUUUAUCUUUUAAUUUGCAAAGCUGCGUUGCAGAAAACGAAGAAGGACCGACAACAAAUGUAGAACCUUUCUUUGUCACAUUGUCACUAUUUGAUAUUAAAAACAACAGGAAGAUUUCAGCAGAUUUCCACGUUGAUUUGAACCACCCCUCAGUAAGGCACAUGAUACCCAGUGUACCUCAACAAAUGAUGAAUGGCAGCGGUGAUAGCUUACACAGAAUUCAAGACAUUCAUGAAACUGUGUUACAAUAUCCAAAGCAGGGAAUAUUCUCAGUCACAUGUCCUCAUACUGACAUCUUCCUUGUGGCUAGAAUAGAAAAGGUAUUACAAGGAAGUGUUACACAUUGUGCUGAACCAUAUAUGAAAAGUUCAGAUUCUUCAAAGGUUGCACAGAAAGUUUUGAAGAAUGCUAAGCAGGCAUGCCAGAGAUUAGGUCAAUAUAGAAUGCCUUUUGCCUGGGCAGCUAGGACGCUGUUUAAAGAUGCCUCAGGAACUCUGGACAAAAAUGCAAGAUUUUCUCCUCUCUUCAGACAAGACAGUAAUAAACUCUCAAAUGAAGACAUGCUGAAAUCGUUAGCAGAUUUCAGGAAACCUGAAAAGAUGGCCAAACUUCCUGUUAUUUUAGGAAAUCUGGAUGUUACAAUUGAUAACGUGUCACCAGAUUUUCCAAAUUAUGUUAACUCAUCAUACAUUCCCAUGAAGCAGUUUGAAAACAGCACCAAGACACUAACAACAUUUGAAAUAGAGGAGUUUGUUCCCUGUAUACCAAAAUACACUCAGCCUUUCACCAUCUACAACAAUCAUCUUUAUGUUUAUCCAAAGCACUUGAAAUAUGACAGUCAAAAGUCUUUUGCAAAGGCUAGAAAUAUUGCGGUGUGCAUUGAGUUCAAGGAUUCUGAUGAAGAGGAUUCUUUGCCUUUAAAGUGUAUCUAUGGUAGGCCUGGUGGACCAGUAUUUACAAGAAGUGCAUUUGCUGCUGUUCUGCAUCACCACCAAAAUCCAGAGUUUUAUGAUGAGAUUAAAAUAGAAUUGCCCACUCAGUUGCAUGAAAAGCACCACUUGUUGUUCACCUUCUACCAUGUCAGCUGUGAUAAUUCAAGCAAGGGGAGUACAAAGAAGAAAGAUGUUGUUGAAACACAAGUUGGGUAUUCUUGGCUUCCUUUGAUAAAAGAUGGAAGAGUGGUCACCAACGAGCAACACAUCCCAGUAUCAGCAAAUCUUCCAUCAGGCUAUCUUAGUUAUCAAGAAGUGGGUGUUGGAAAGCAUUCUGGUCCUGAAAUUAAAUGGGUAGAUGGAGGCAAACAACUGUUAAAAAUAUCCACUCAUCUGGUGUCAACUGUGUAUACACAGGACCAGCACUUGCAUAACUUUUUUCAGUACUGUCAGAAAACAGAAUCUGGAGCUCGUGCACUAGGAACUGAUCUUGUAAAGUAUCUUAAGAGCCUUCAUGCUAUGGAAGGCCAUGUGAUGAUAGCUUUCCUGCCAACUGUUCUCAACCAGUUGUUUAGAGUUCUCACUAGAGCAACUCAAGAGGAAGUGGCAGUCAAUGUGACAAGGGUUAUUAUCCAUAUUGUUGCUCAGUGUCAUGAAGAAGGCUUAGAUAGCUACCUGAGAUCUUAUGUCAAGUAUGCUUAUAAAGCUGAACCCUAUGUUGCUUCUGAAUAUAAGACAGUACAUGAAGAACUGACAAAGUCCAUGACAACAAUUUUAAAGCCAUCUGCUGACUUUCUUACAAGCAACAAGCUACUUAAGUAUUCAUGGUUUUUCUUUGAAGUUCUGAUAAAAUCAAUGGCUCAACAUUUGAUAGAAAACUCUAAAGUGAAGCUGUUGCGAAACCAGAGAUUUUCUGCUUCCUUUCAUCAUGCAGUUGAAACAGUUGUUAAUAUGCUAAUGCCACACAUCACUCAGAAGUACAGAGACAAUCCAGAGGCUUCAAAAAAUGCAAACCAUAGUCUUGCUGCCUUUAUAAAAAGGUGUUUCACUUUUAUGGAUAGAGGCUUUGUUUUCAAGCAAAUCAAUAACUACAUCAGCUGCUUUGCCCCGGGAGAUCCGAAGACUCUUUUUGAAUUCAAAUUUGAAUUUCUUCGUGUAGUCUGCAACCAUGAGCACUACAUACCUUUGAAUCUACCAAUGCCAUUUGGAAAAGGCAGAGUUCAGAGAUACCAAGACCUUCAGCUGGAUUAUUCAUUAACUGAUGAAUUCUGUAAAAAUCACUUCUUAGUUGGACUGCUUUUAAGGGAAGUGGGCAAUGCCUUACAGGAGUUCAGAGAUGUUCGGCAGAUUGCUAUCAGUGUACUCAAGAAUUUGAUGAUAAAACAUUCUUUUGAUGAUAGAUAUGCUUCCAGGGGUCAUCAAGCAAGAAUAGCCACUAUGUAUUUGCCGCUCUUUGGACUGCUUAUAGAAAAUGUUCAGCGAAUCAAUGUUAAAGAUGUGUCUCCAUUUCCUGUUAACCCUUCCAGCAAUAGCGCAAAGGAUGAUGCACAGAUUUUGCCAACUGCAAGUCAGUUAGUAACACCACAAAAAUCAGGAAACACGUUGGAUAACAAUCUUCCUAAAGAUCUCUUUGGUGUUAUCUCUGGCAUCGCUUCCCCAUACACCACAUCUACUCCAAAUAUUAAUAGUGUGAGGAACGCUGACUCAAGAGGAUCUCUUAUAAGUACAGACUCAGGAAACAGUCUCCCAGAAAGACAAAGUGACAAGAGCAAUUCUCUUGACAAGAGAGAGAAGCUUCUCAGAAGGCACUCUGCUCAUGCUAUAUGCCCAAAUGGAGAAGAAGAAGAAAAUUCUCACCCUGCAAAGAAAAACCGUGUUACUAUGGAUUUUUCACUUCUGACAAUUCCAGCUUUGCCAGAGAAAAUUUUGCAUACUACUUUCUCUCUUCAGUUACAAGAAAACCAACAGAGCAGCACUUUAGGAAGUUCUGUUGUUCGAUACGACAAACUUGAUCAAGCAGAGAUCAAAAGUCUGCUCAUGUGUUUCCUUCACAUUUUAAGAAGCAUGUCAGAUGACGCGUUGUUUACAUAUUGGAACAAGGCUACAAAAUCUGAACUCAUGGACUUUUUCACGAUUACAGAAGUAUGCUUACAUCAGUUCCAGUACAUGGGAAAACGAUACAUAGCCAGGAACCAGGAGGGGUUAGGAUCCAUAGUUCAUGAUCGAAAAUCUCAGACAUUGCCUGUUUCCCGUAACAGAACAGGAAUGAUGCAUGCCAGAUUGCAGCAGCUGAGCAGCCUGGAUAACUCUCUCACUUUUAACCACAGCUAUGGCCAUUCAGAUGCAGAUGUCCUUCACCAGUCUUUACUUGAAGCAAAUGUUGCCACCGAAGUUUGCCUUACAAUUCUGGAUACUCUGUCAUUGUUCACGAUGGCUUUUAAGAAUCAGCUACUGACUGAUCAUGGGCAUAAUCCACUGAUGAAGAAAGUAUUUGAUGUAUACCUCUGCUUCCUUCAAAAGAAUCAGUCUGAAACAGCAUUGAAAAAUGUCUUCAUUGCUUUAAGGGCACUUAUUUAUAAGUUUCCUUCUACAUUUUAUGAAGGUAGAGCUGAUAUGUGUUCUGCACUGUGCUAUGAAAUUCUGAAGUAUUGUAAUUCCAAACUGAGUUCAAUUCGUACUGAAGCUUCACAGUUACUGUACUUUUUAAUGAGGAAUAAUUUUGACUACACAGGGAAGAAGUCUUUUGUUAGAACACAUCUGCAAGUUAUUAUUUCAGUAAGCCAGCUAAUUGCUGAUGUUGUUGGAAUUGGAGGAACUAGAUUCCAGCAGUCUCUUUCCAUCAUCAAUAAUUGUGCCAAUAACGACAGAAUUAUAAAGCACACUACAUUCCCAUCUGACGUUAAGGAUUUAACAAAACGGAUUCGCACAGUACUGAUGGCUACAGCUCAGAUGAAGGAGCAUGAGAAUGAUCCAGAAAUGCUUGUAGACCUCCAGUACAGCUUGGCAAAAUCUUAUGCUAGUACACCUGAACUAAGGAAGACGUGGUUAGACAGCAUGGCAAGGAUCCACGUUAAAAAUGGAGAUCUUUCAGAGGCAGCAAUGUGCUAUGUCCAUGUAGCAGCACUGGUUGCAGAAUAUCUCACAAGAAAAGGGAUGUUUAGGCAAGGUUGUACUGCUUUCAGAGUAAUCACACCAAAUAUAGAUGAAGAGGCUUCGAUGAUGGAGGAUGUUGGAAUGCAAGAUGUUCACUUCAAUGAAGAUGUGCUGAUGGAAUUGUUGGAGCAGUGUGCUGAUGGACUCUGGAAGGCAGAACGCUAUGAACUCAUUGCUGAUAUAUAUAAACUUAUAAUUCCCAUUUAUGAAAAACGGAGAGAUUUUGAGAGGCUUGCUCAUCUAUAUGACACUCUUCAUCGAGCAUACAGUAAAGUUACAGAAGUUAUGCAUACAGGCAAGAGACUGCUGGGAACUUAUUUCAGGGUAGCAUUCUUUGGACAAGCAGCGCAAUACCAGUUUACAGACAGUGAAACAGAUGUUGAGGGUUUCUUUGAGGAUGAAGAUGGAAAGGAAUAUAUCUAUAAAGAGCCUAAACUCACACCUCUUUCAGAAAUUUCCCAAAGACUCCAAAAACUCUACUCCGACAAAUUUGGAUCUGAAAAUGUCAAAAUGAUUCAGGAUUCUGGCAAAGUAAAUCCUAAAGAUUUAGAUUCAAAAUAUGCAUAUAUUCAAGUUACGCAUGUAAUUCCAUACUUUGAAGAAAAAGAGUUGCAAGAAAGAAAAACAGAUUUUGAAAGGACUCAUAACAUUCGUCGCUUUAUGUUUGAGAUGCCUUUUACUCAAGCUGGUAAAAGACAAGGAGGAGUAGAAGAGCAGUGUAAGCGACGGACUAUUUUGACAGCUAUACAUUGUUUCCCAUAUGUGAAAAAGCGCAUUCCAGUAAUGUACCAGCACCAUACUGAUCUAAACCCAAUUGAAGUAGCCAUUGAUGAAAUGAGUAAAAAAGUUGCAGAACUCAGACAGCUUUGCUCUUCAACUGAAGUAGAUAUGAUCAAAUUGCAGCUGAAGCUACAGGGAAGUGUCAGUGUUCAGGUUAAUGCUGGUCCAUUAGCAUAUGCAAGAGCUUUCUUAGAUGACACAAACACCAAAAGAUAUCCAGACAAUAAAGUAAAGCUACUAAAGGAAGUUUUUAGGCAAUUUGUUGAAGCCUGUGGCCAUGCUCUGGGUGUAAAUGAACGACUUAUAAAGGAAGACCAGUUGGAAUAUCAAGAAGAAAUGAAGGCCAACUACAGAGAAAUGGCAAAAGAGCUUUCUGAAAUAAUGCAUGAACAAAUGGGAUGAUUACUCCGGUUGAAGAAAAGGCCAGUGUCAUGCCUAACUCACUACACAUUUUCAACGCCAUAAGUGGAACUCCAACAAGCACAACAGUUCAUGGGAUGCCCAGUUCUUCUUCAGUUGCAUGAUUGUUUUGUAAAGGAAAGUAUGUUCGUUUCUUUCGAAAUUUGUGGAUUGGCUUCAUCGUGUGCAAACUCAGGAUGAUCUUGAAGCUAAAUGUUGGGCACGUGCAAGCUGCAUAAUUCAUACGAAUGUUUGAGCACACUUAGCAAAUAGCAGUUACUGGUAAUAGUCUUUUAGAGUAAGGGAGGUGCACAUAUAUUUUUUAAUCUCGCUGGUAAAAUUUAAAAGUGUUCACAAUGUCGUUGCAGAAGUGCGUGUUGGAAAAUUAUAAAGUUGAAGCUAGCUUCUGUUGUUCAUUAGAAAGUAUUAUUAAAAUGAAUUGCACAUUACAAAAAAGUGUUGUGGGAUGUAAUUUUGCAGAUAUGUAACAUUCAGGUGUUCUUUUUGUGUAUGGCACAUAGAGAUUCCUAAUACAAGAACUAUUUUGGGGCUUGACAGAGACACUAGUUUUUGGGGUUUAAUGGAACUGACAAUAGUAGUUUUUGUACCAUUUGGCAAAUUGUUGUGCUUUAUUUUAUACCUUGUUGCAUUUUGGAGGUAUGUGAGCUUAAAUCUUACUAAACAACUAAAUACAACCAAAGGUCUGUAUUAAUGAACACUGAAUUAUACUACAGUAUCAAUAGUAGUAAAUUGUUAUGUACAUAUUGUUUGUUAAUACAGUCCAUACAGUCUGUACAUAAAUGUAUUACAUUUCUAAUCAUUUUUUUAAUAUUCAUACCAGCUCUUACCAUUCUGCUUUCAGUUUAUUUUGAAAAUCUGCUCAUUCCAAGUAUAUGCAGACUUUACAGUUCAUUUAUUCCUGUAUAUAAAUAAGUGCAAUAUAAAGAUGUAUACAGUCUUUGCUAUGUUAGGUUUAUAUGCAGUUAUUAAAAGAAAAAAAACCUUUUUGCCAAAGCAAUGGAGUAUGUAAUUGGUAAUCAUGGUUACUGUGGUAAAUGGUGGUAUUAUUUAAAGCUUUUUCCAUAUUCUUAUUCUUUUAAGACAUUAAUUUAGUAAUUUUAUAUUUGGGGAAAAUAAAGGUUUUUAAUUUUAUUUAACUGGAAGCACCGUUCUGCUGUAAUUAAACAUUCUGUAUUACAUCUAUAUUAAAAGGAAAAAGGUAGUUACUUUUCU